GUCGUCCGCGGUGGGGCCAUCGUACGAAACAUGGCGUCCGCGAGGUUAUUGCUGUGAAUGUUGCUACGCUUUCUAUUGUUAAAUGUGGUAUCGUCGCGCGAGCAACGGGCUGACGCCAAGCGUCGUGUCGUCGGGGCGGCAAGCGCGCUCGCUUGAACCCCGCGCGACUCAGACCAGCCUCUCGUAGUAGGCAUACGGUCGGGUGUCAGAAAAGCACGAGCCCCGUCAACACAGAGUGGCUUGUGGGUAUACACACCCUGAGACGCGAAUUCUCGACACGAGUGCGAUUUCACGGGGCGGCGAGUCGCGAAAUUUCCCGUGUCUCGGCCGCGUCUACGCCCAGCGAUCCGCCACGAUCCGCGAACCUGCACGCGUCCUCGAGGUAGGGCGAGCAAGGGGUGCCCCGUGCGUGCCGCUCGCGUACACGGCACCGCGGAAUGCCGGCCCCCUCCCCGUAAUGAAAUUGUUUUUGUACACGGGGUGGUAGCGGCGAGCCCGCGAGCGAGCGAUCUGAGCGCUUUCCGUCCUCGAUGGGAAACGACCCGGUGGCAACACCAUCGAUGCGACGUCCAACAUCGCACUCGCCCUCGCCGUGGUAGUACUUACGAGCCGAUGAGAAUCCGGUGUGACGAUGAACCUGACGUGAAUGCGCGCGACACGGUAUCUCCACGGAACUGCACAUUGUCAAGGACGCAUAGUCUCGGCAAGCGAAACCACGUGACGAGUACGAGUUUUAACGCGUUUCUAACGUAUCUACUUUGUUUACCCACGAGACGGCAGGAACGAUAGAUAUCGGCCCUUUGUGAUGUCCUUUUAUGUCCCUCACCGUGAACCAAGUAUCGAAAGGUAGGGAACGAGUUGCAAGAUAAGGGAAAGGGUGUGAUUUGUACACUACAGAAGCGAGGGAUAAGGUGAGUGUCAAGCCAUAUGCCGCCGGCCGGGCUAUCGGCACGAGGCUUGUCUACCUUGAUGGACCACGGACAACCAGACGCUCGUCAUCGGAGCGAGCGUUUCCUACUCUACCCAGAGAAUGGCUCCUCAUACCCUCACAGCCCAAACACGGCCAAUUCAUCACCAAGAUAUCAACAGAAUAGCAGAAGCAAUAGCCAAACUCCUACUAGUUACGGAUACAUAUAUGGACAUAUGUCUAGCAACAAUAUGUCUGAUAGUAGCGUUUCAGACACGCACAGUGGUGGAACUGCGAGAACUGUCUCUCAACAAACUAGUCCAUCUCACGGCACACAUUCCUCUUCUCAGUCACGACAGGAGAACAGCACCACUAUCUUUACAGCCCUUUUCGAUUAUGUUGCACAGGGCGAGGAUGAAUUAUCCUUACAGAGAGGAGAAACUGUUGAAGUUUUGUCCAAGGACGCAAAGAUCUCAGGUGACGAGGGAUGGUGGACUGGAAAGAUUCGUGGAAAAGUGGGAAUCUUUCCAGCGAACUUUGUCGCAGAGGCCGAGAGCAUCGAUCGGGUCUCUUCGGUGAUUGAUAAAGUCCAACCUGUCGAAAUCGACUUUGAAGAGUUGCAACUGGAAGAGGUUAUAGGGGUUGGAGGGUUUGGAAAAGUAUAUAGGGGCUUUUGGAAGAAACGCGAGGUAGCAGUGAAGGCUGCGCGCCAAGAUGCAGGCGAAGAACCUAGUGUAACGUUAGAAAAUGUACGGCAAGAAGCCAAACUGUUCUGGUUGUUAAAACACGAAAAUAUUGUGCAAUUAGAAGGAGUGUGUAUAAAGAUGCCUAAUAUGUGUUUGGUGAUGGAGUACGCACGUGGCGGCAGUCUCAACAGAGUCCUUAGCGGCAGGAAAAUAAGGCCCGACGUAUUAGUCGAUUGGGCAAUACAAAUCGCGAGGGGAAUGGACUAUCUUCAUAAUAAGGCUCCCAUAAGUCUCAUUCAUAGAGAUCUAAAAAGUUCCAAUGUGCUAUUAAGUGAGCCGAUCGAGAACGAUGACUUCCAGUACAAAACUCUGAAGAUCACGGAUUUUGGAUUGGCGAGAGAAGUCUAUAAAACGACUCGUAUGUCUGCGGCAGGCACGUACGCUUGGAUGGCGCCAGAGGUUAUUAAGAAGAGUACAUUCAGCAAAGCUAGCGAUGUGUGGAGCUAUGGCGUACUGCUGUGGGAGCUUUUAACGGGAGAGACGCCGUACAAGGGGAUCGAUGCUUUGGCCGUGGCGUAUGGCGUUGCCGUAAACAAAUUGACUCUACCUAUACCAUCUACUUGUCCUCAACCCUGGAGAGUUCUCAUGGAAGAAUGCUGGGCGUCAGACAGUCAUGCCCGGCCUGGUUUCGCGGACAUUUUAGUAGCUUUGGACGAGGUGCACAAUGCAUUCGCGGCGACGCCGCACGAGUCUUUUCACACUAUGCAAGAAGAUUGGAGGCUGGAAAUUGAACAGGUGCUACACGGACUGCGCAUGAAGGAAAAAGCAUGCCGUUCCUUAGAAGAGGAACUGCGCUGUAGAGAAGAGGAACUGACGAAGGCACAGGUGCAACAAAGACAGCACGAAGAGUGUUUGAGACAGCGAGAACAAGAAUUAGCCGCGCGUGAGAUAGACCUUUUGGAGAGAGAGCUCACCGUGAUGAUAAUUCAACAGCAAAAUACGCCCACACCAAACAAGAGACGUGGCAAAUUUAAAAAGUCGCGAUUAAAAUUAAACAAGAAGGAACCUGGAAGCAAUAUCAGUGCACCUUCGGAUUUUCGUCACACGAUCACUGUUCAACACACGGCCUUAGAUCGGGGCAAAGUGAGGAAUCCAUCGAGGCCGAAUAGUCCACCAGGCUCGCCUAGCAUUCCAAGACUCAGAGCUAUCGCAUUACCAGCAGACGGAGUUAAGGGUAAAACUUGGGGACCGUCGACGCUUCAUCAACGUGAGCGUGGAGCUAUUAUUACACAGCCACCGAAUCCCGCCUCGCCUGGCGGCAAACGCUGGUCCCGUUCCGCGCCAGAUCUCGAAAAGACACCUCUGCGUACAGCUCUGUUGGCGAGCGCGCACCGCUCCCCGCUUCUGCAGGAAAUAGAUUAUACAACAUUACCGCCCGAUCUGUCAACCGAUUGGGUAACGCCGGAUUAUCCUGUGAAGCCCGGCCUGACUGGACCCUACAUCAUGCCGAUGCCCAUUCCCAUGCCCACUCUGUACAACGGCGAAAUGAAAAAGCCAAAACUAAGCAUAAUAGAGCUGGCUCUGUACAACAUCGCAGCGAUGCUGGCCGGCGUGGCCACCGGCUAUGACGUGAGGAUGUCGAACAUAUCGCCGAUCCAUCCACGGCUGUAUCCCAGACAGGGCGAGUGCGACGACGAGCAACAACCCAGAUGGUGGUUCCAAGCCGACACCGGUUCAAAUCGCAGCUCCUACCUUGGUGCCGAUUACGAGUUCAGUUCAAGCAGUGGCUAUCCGCAUAAUACUUAUCACGGACGGGCACACCAUUACAGGCCGUUCCUGAGUAGCAUGGGUGGCAUAGCGCCCGGCCUUCCAAACGCAGCGAUACCGGAUAAGCCUCUACGUUUCACGGAUUCUCCGCAGCAUUACACGAGUAGCACCACCGGCUCCAACGCGCCCACACCGAGCCCGCGAAGAAAGAGCAGCAGCAGUACCAGCAACGAGGACACGUACUCGCACGACGCAGCCCGCGUAGAUCGGAUGGAGAGGAUGCCGACGAUAUACAUGGGCAACGUCACCCCGUUUCCGGACUACGGGCCACCGGUAUACACCGUCGUUUCAUCGGAAUACUAUCGACCUCCUCCUGACCCGGCAUAUUUCGUACCUACGGAAUAUCAUGAUCGAAUGCUAGAGUGUCCCGAGUUUCCCCACGCAUAUGACAAUCCAAGCAGCAUGAAUAGCCCGGCUAGACCAGUGUCUAGACUUUUGCCUUAUACACAUCAUCGCACUUCGUCAAAUGUCUCUAACGCCAGCACAUCGAGUCAGAGUAAUAUCAAUCCAACGUUUCGGUUGGAGGAUGAGGAUGAUUACGGGGUAUACUCACCGUAUUAUCAACGACCAUCAAAUGUCAUCUCCAGCUUGGCGUCGACGUACGGCUCGAACAUCCUUGGUCACGAAUACAACUCACCAUUACUGACUCGUCAAAACUCUCACGAUUCCAACUCGAACUCUGGCGAGCGGCCGAGUAAUCUAGAAGUCGUUACACGGCUACGUUCGAGCCUCAAGCGAUCUAGUUACAAUCCGUAUAGCUCGCCGAGCAAGAGCGUGAGCAAGAACAACUCCGGUUCGGGCACACCGACGAAUCCGACACCGCCGGAUUCGCUGACGUCCGAAGACUCGAGCUACGUUUCCGCCAAGGAUAGCCAGAUUUCCAUCAGCAGGGUACGCUUCUCACCGGUGACGUUCGAUCGGGACAGCGUGUCGGCGCGCGAGCACAGAGAAACACUACUGGACAUUCCGGUACAUGGCCAGAACCAGGACGCCACAGUGCCGCUGCAAGCUAACCGACGUCUGAAUCGAAGCAGGAAGCCAAGCAUCUCGGAGCUUGAAAGGGAGUUCUUGUCAUAGCACUGGCUUAUUUAAGGUCAUGCGGCUUUACUUAGGACCGAUCAACCGAGAGGAUUCGUCGAUGCUUUAAUAUCUAUUGAUAUCUCUAGCAUAUAUAUAUAUAGAACGAUCUUCUUAUACUUUCAGUUACAUAGGAUAGCGGUUAAUCCGAUCUUGUAACUGAGACUCGGUUGAUUAAUGGAAUAUAAAGAUUGCAGAAGGAUGUACGUUGUCAAAGCACUGCCUCUCGCGGACGAUUUUUAUCGGUAGAAACAACACGUUAACGAUAUAUUAACAAGUCCAAGAAUUAACAUUCCACAUGAUACACGUAUUUAGCGAGUUUCCUAUAACUUGAUGCAAUUUAGGUAAUUUUAUUAAGUAACAAAUUCGUCGAUUAAUUUUGAAAAUGAUUUUGUUCAAGAGGUGAUAUUGAAUCUGCAAAGACUCUACAAUUAACAAUUGAUGCGGCAAUAGUAGGACAUCAGUGUAUGUACCAAUUUUUUCUACCAAAUUGGUAUGUAACAACAUUAUUGAAGUAAGCAUAUUAUCAUUGAAAAAUGUUAUUAUCCGAGAUUUGUACAGAUUAACAUUCUUUCCAGUUUAUCAAGACAUUCCAGAAACGUUGCUCGUCACUUUUAAUCAACGUCUUAGCACGUUGAUACGCAUUUACAGAAAAGUGCAAUGUUUGAUUUCACAAAAGCGGAGACAGAAUUAUUGAGUGUGUAUAAACAGGUGUGUCCAGUAAAGUUCUAAUCAGCACUCGUAUAGAGGUAUAGAGCGAAUUGAGUUGAAUCGAAAAGCUGCAACUGCAAGUUCUUGUAGUUAAUGUGAAAUUACAUUGUUUAAAUGUUCGUAACAAAACUCGGAUAAUAUCUGCCUCGAUGCAUGAUGUAAUACAUUCCAGAAAGAUUUUUACAACGGAUAGGAUACAUGUGCAACAUAUUCGUACAUGUAAUUAAUAUAUUUGGAAUUGUACAUUCAGGCGAAAAUACGCUUAUUUUAAUAUUUUAAAGCCUUAAUUUUAAUAUUAAAGUCUUAAGAUAUGGUAGAUAUCAAUGACGAAUGACAGUUUCACAUUGCUUGAACUGACCCACAAUUUGAAUGAAAAAUAAUAUUUCUCUAGAUAUACUAUGUAUAUGAACAACAGACAUUGAAAGUUUUAUCUAAUUAAUUUUUCUAUUAGAAGGUAUUGGCUGCAGUUAUAUGAAAUGUAUAAAUUUUUGUACAUUCUAUGCAACUUAAAUAAGCAAAUCGUUGAGUAUAUACUGGCGUUUGCAGCUUGAUUAUUGUACAUUAAUAGAAAUAUGAUUUUAAAUGUUGAUAAUCGAUAGUUCGAGCAAAAAAACAAUCAUUAUUUAUUGUCUAAUUUUACUUAUUUUACAAGAUACGAACAGAUACAAAAUAGCUAGUUUAAAACUACUAGAUGCGACGUAUACACUUAGCCGAAUUUCCCUCCAUUGUGUUAAUCUACAAUGUUUUCAACAUUAUCUUUCUUUUUAUUAUAAUCAGUGUAACUAGUCAUUUAUAAUCAUAUUUGAAGUGGUAUUACUGUUACUUUCACAGCGACGUGAUUCCAUUUUCUUUCAUUUCAGAUAUGAGAUUAAUUAGAUUAGAUUUCGCGAUGUUUCAAGCAUUUUUCAAACAUCAUUAUUUUACAAGCGUAUUUGCUUUUUAAUUAUUUUUAUUUCCAAAUUUGUCUAUAUUUCUUUCAAUUUAAAAGAGAUUCAUAUACUGAAGAGAAAGAGAACGGUAUCGUAUCAUUAUUGAAAUGAUGUUUCUGCUCAAUGAUAUGUUUAUCGUCGUCAUCGUCGUUGCAAUUGCAAUGCACAAUUGAAGGUGUACACGAUUAUAUAUAUUCAUCAGAUACUUCCACCUCUUCUUAUUUACGCUAAUAGACAAAAGGUACGAUCGACAAGCAAUUUAAGGAACAUGUACAGUAUCAAUUUUAACAGUUACACAUCGGUUAUAGAUCGGCAAAUAGAAUUUCAUAGCGCUUCACUCAGCUGCAACGCUCUUUUUACAUAUUAUCUGUGAAGUGCUAUGCUCUUCUUAUGAACAAUCUGUAUGUUUAUAGAAAAUAGCCGGAAGGCAUGUAAGUAAUAAAUAUAAUGAUGUAACUGCGCCAAGCGUGAGAAAUAUUCGCGAGAAAUAUUCGCUGUAAAACAACAAUCUUCCACGUACACGUAAAAAUGAUUGUUGUGUUUGUGCUCAUGUGUGCACGCGCGCGUGUAUGUGUGUAUGUGUGUGUGAUAACUAUCAUUACGUGCACGUGAAGGAUAUAUAUAUAUAUAUAGUAUUGGUGUAUAUACAAAAGUAAAUUGCCGUUUAAUGUAGCAAGAUUACUCAUACAUUCCUUAUAUAAUUCACACUGUUAUACAAUGUAAUUUUUAUGAAGUUUCGAAGUUUCUUUAACAUAUGGAUAUUAAAACGACCCAAUUAAUUCGCGAAUGCAUCGUACUAAUGAUGAGUGUAAACUUUCAACAUACGGGGCAGCGAACAGAGUACAAAGUAAAGUCCGUACUACCUAUCCUUUAAUUGAAAUAGCUCGACGAAUGUUAAGGACUAAUACUUAUGUACUGUGUAUCGCGUAUUCUGUGCCCUGGAUGCGAAUAUAGAUAAUAUUGAUUAAAUGAUGAUGUACGACGCAAGACAAAAUAAUAUUGAUUUAUUGAUAUAAUAAUAACAGAGAAAACGUGGAAAUUUAGUUUACACUUACGAACCAAUCAAAGUUACUUACAUUGUGUCUCUAUGCCGCAUUCGAAAAAAUCAAAACGUCUUGUUUAUAUGCGUCAAUCUCGUGUAGCAUGUAAUGUACAAAGUAUCACGGAUUUUUCCUUUUGUCGUGGAAGCUACUUCUUUUCCUUAAUGACAAUUAUCAGUAUUAAUUGUAGGUAUAUACUGCGAUGUAUAUAAAAUAUAAACGUCAGUGGAAAGAAGAAUUUCUUUGAUGGUUUUAUCUGGUUUUAUAAUGAUUGAUUCAUCUGGCUACGAAAAGAAAAGAACAAAAUGAAGAGACUGAAAAAAAUCAGCCAUCAAUUAAAUUCCUCCGGAAAGCAACUUAAUAAACGAUAAAAAUGUAUGUAAAUUUUUCCGACGUAAAGAGAAAUUUGAGUCUAUCAAAUUUACGUGAAUAGCGGAACUCGCAACUUUGAUUGCAAUCUUCCUUUUUUCGUACUUACGCAAUCGUUAUGCAUACUCGUUACGAUUUUAUUAAAUCAUUAGCGUUAUUAUAAACAAAGACGAUUUGAUUUGUAUGUUACAAUUACUUUUCUUGCAUUUAUAACGCAUUUAAUGGGUAUACUUCUCUAUGGUAUACAGAGGUAUUUUUGCGGUGCUAAGAUCACGUACUUAAUAUGUUAAUAAGUGACGUACAUAAAAAUUUUUAAUGCUUCCAAAGGUAAUGGAGAGAAAACGAGAGAAUGAAAACGAUUUGUUUGACAAAGCGUUUUAAAAUGAUAAUGUACUGAGGAUUGUAAUAACAUAAUUUAAUUAUACAAGGAUAUAAAAUUGCGGCAGCUACCGAUUGUGUAAUGGCGUACUCGUCGCCGACAGUGCUAGUCUAAGCUAUAUUUAUUUUUUAUAUAUAUAACAAAAACAUUUUAGAGUCUAGAGAUUAAGAAUCCGAUUUUAUACUUUAUUAGAAAGCAUUACGGAAUAUAUGUUUGACCUGUUGAACAGAACGUGUAUGAGAAACGUGUGUUCAAAAUAAUUCUAUAUAUACAAGAUAAACCGUAUUGUAUCAUAUCAAACGUAACUGAGGUCUCUUUAUAUCAGUCUAUAAUAUAUCUCUCUGUAAAAAAACUCAAUAAAUUUAUCAUAUAUCAUUAGUACGACACAUUAUGUAAUACUAAUAAUACUAAUAACAAUUUAUUUCUUUCAGAUAUUUUCCUAAUUGCUGUGACUCAAUGUUUCAUAAAAUAAUUGUUGAUCUGAAAUUUAUGGAUUGAGUAUUUGGAAAGAACAGUCGACACGAUUGAUAAAAGCGCUGUUUGAAAGAAGAAAAUUAUAUCACAUAUUUAAAUUAUUUCACGUUAACGCUAUCAAUUCACACAUAGACAAAACUAAAAAUUUCUUACAUUUAAAAGGCUCAUUAAAUUUGUUAUAUUAUUAAAUCGAGAAUAUCAGAUUUGUAACACCAGAUAAAUGAUCUUCUUUCAAACGGUUAGUGUAAUAUACUUUUAAUACUGUUGAAUCUUUUGUCUCUCUUAUUCCUUCUCUCUUUGUCACCCGUUGCAUGUGACGCACCUUAAUGCAAAAUAACUUUAUUGAAAACUAGUGUACGAACGUGCGAAUAUACACCAGGAUCGUAAACAUGAUGUAAGACCAACGUCAGUUUUAUCAUAAUACAUAAUUUCAUGUUCACAAUGUAAAUUUUACUAGUUUAGCUAGGACCAACAAGAGUAGCAUCAUAGCACUGAAACACAAAUACUCAUCAGCCUUAUGAUACAUAAUAUACAAUAAGAUGCCAUCGUUCGGAACCCUGUUUCUUAGCCUGACACACCGCAUUAAAAACCGUGUAAAUGUAUAUAAUUUAUGACGUAAAUUAUAUAUUAAGAUUGCAUGCCGCUUAUGCGCGAAUUAGUAAAUUGUAUGAUAAUGACCACGACCAAGAAUUAAUUGUAUAUGAAUUGUCAGAUCGAUGUACAUAUAAGCAUUCGUGUUUUGUGAUAGCUCCGUUAGUAUCUAUACGCUUACGAUAAUUGCGUGUGCACACAAAAAGAGAAUUUAACAUAAUAUAUUUCAUAAAUAUAAAAAAGAUCAUCGCAUGUGGGGCUAUCACAGUGUAGUGUGUAUACGUGUGUAUGUAUAUACACGCAAUGUGUGUAUGCACAUACCCGUACACAGGCACGCAAUCAUACAUACAUACGACCCACACACGAAAUUAAAUUUUUCUGUCAGUAUUUCUUUGUAAUACAUGAGCUGUAGAAAACGUAGAACAUGCGGCAUAUUCAUAAGUCGCGAGGCAAUUUAUUUAAGCAUGGAGUAACUCUGUAGUUUGUAAGUAUAUAAUAAUGAGAAGCUAAGUGCAAUGUGUUCCACGUGUAUAUGUUAAGUGAAAAUAACGAUCGCUUCGUGCGCGCCUUAAAUAACGUAUAACAGUAAAGUUGCGAAAUCCAAAGCUUUUAAUGGGAAAAUGUCAUUCAAUGUAAUAUAACUUUUACUAGCGAUUCCGUGCAAGUUUGGGAAAAUUCGCUUUCAAUUUGGGAAUCUCUUAUUGAUUUCCUACGAAUAAUAUUAUAAAUUGCCAAAAGCACGGUGAGCAAGAUCUUGCAGAAUUGUACUAUGAGCAGCGAUAAAGAGAUUAUUAUAAAGAUUAUACAGACGAAUGAUUUUAUAACAGACCCGAAAACUCGAUUGUUUAAAGACGAAAUAUAUCACAAUAAUAUCUUCUGUA